AUGCGUGACGUGCGAAACUGCCCCCUCCUCAUUCAAAUGCACAUUCAAACGGUCCUCUCUAAAGUCCCUAGUCACCAUUUGCCCCGGCGAAAUGACGCGAUGCUCCUCAGGGAGAUGUUUCUUGCAAAAGAUUUCAGUGUGCUCUGUGUCGGAGAGCUUCUUCCCCACGAGUUUGUUCUGCCAUUCUUCGGUCUUAUUGCCGGGCUGGCUGGUGACUCCGGGUACAACGAGGGGCAUAUUGAAUGUGUUGACUGGUAG